AUUCAGUCUACUUGAAAAAAAAAAUCAUUAUUAGUUUUCAUCUGCUGAAGGUGAAAAAUUAUAAUGAAAUACUGGUAAACAUGGGUACAAAACCGCACGUUCCUCCUGUCACUCUUGUGCUCAGUGUGCUGUCAAGAUACAGCCGGUGGCACAGCCCGUACGUUUACUACCCGUUCAGCACCUUAAGAGUAAUUUAACUCAGAUAUGUACCUAUGUGGAAGUGUGUGAAAUUUAGAAUUAAACUUGUUGUCCUUAAAUAAUAAAAAAAUCAACACAAGGUAGUUAUAUGAAAGUCAGCUAGAACAAUUAUCUUCGUGUUUAUUAUAUUCCAACAAAACGUGGCUAUUAAAAGUUUGAAAAUUGAAUGUAGUAGUGAAAAGGCCAAGUUUCAAUAAAGAGCUUGUCCCAGAAGUGAUGAAUGACGAGUGACGAGAGAUAAAACUAGCGGCGGUGAGAGAGUGUGUCAUGAUGGCAGCAAAACACAGGAGAGGCGAAGAGGAGCGGCCGGCCAAGAACAAGAAAAAUGCAUCCUCCCACAAGGACAACACUUCCUCCAAGACACAUAAGCAGGAGGAGGACAAGAGGCCGUCCAUGGUGGUUGUGCUUGUUUGUGCACUGUGCAUGGGAGUGGUGCACAGCGUUCAUGUAGCCACCAUGUUUGAGAAUGACCGCCACUUCUCACAUCUCUCAAAUCUGGAACGGGAGAUGACCUUCCGCACAGAAAUGGGUCUUUACUACUCAUAUUACAAGUCCAUUGUCAGUGCUGACUCCUUCCUUCUCGGCCUGAACCGCUUGAUACACAAUAACCUCACAGAGUUUCCAGAUGUUAUCAACACACUCCAGCGAUUCAAUCUUUAUCCUGAGGUUGUGUUGGGAGGAACAUACCGAAUUUUUAAUGCGGUGACUACCUGGCUUGGGGUGGAGAUGCGUGAGUGCUGGCAGGUGAGUCGGGGUCGUGGUCUGUCUCCGGUGGUGAGCUGCGAGGGGCUGGGAGACCCUGUCUACUGGUACUUGGCAGGGGUGUGGCUGAGUGCUGGACUCACUGCUGCACUACUCUUCUUGCAUGGUACCCUUUUGAGUGGAGACCUGAUGGGGGGUUUCCUCACCAUCAUCUGCUUCUUCUUCAACCAUGGGGAGGCAACUCGUGUUCAGUGGACACCACCCUUGAGAGAGAGUUUUGGUUUCCCCUGGAGUGUGGCACUCAAUGUAGCAGUGACACAGGUCUUGCGUGCACCUCGGCCAGUGUGGACACAGCCUCUCCUGGUGGGCACCCUCUCUCUGAUCUACCUGCUGUGCUGGCAGUUUGCACAGUUUACUACAGUGGCAGUAUUGGGUAUUGUGUAUGCUCUGUAUGCAGUGGGGGUGGUACCUGCCCUGCCUAUGCUGUUAGUUCUGCUGGGCACCUCUUAUGGCUUCCUGAAUAAUGUGGUACUGCAGUUUGGCAACUCCCUACUGGUGUCAUCACCAUUAGCUGGCUGCCUACUAGGAGUGUUGCUCCUUUACCUCUUCCUGGAGCCAAUCUUUCAGCAUUUGCCCUUCCCAACUAACACACUGGCCCAGCUCUCUUUCCUCUUUGUCUCCUGUGCAGCCUGCAAGAUUGAGCUCUCACGCAUUUUUGGUGUGGAGGAUGAUGCGCACAUCCUCAACAUCCUGCGAGGCAAGUUCACGAACUACUCAGACUUUCACACACUGCUGUACACAUGCUCACCAGAGUUUGAUAUGCUACCACCAGAGUCCAUUCAGCGGCUGAAUGAGACCCUACUGCUUCCUGUGGUGGGCUUGGUAAUAUUGGCUGUGUUGGACCACACUCUGGGUCGUGUCCACAGUAACAUGCUACGCCGGCUAGAGGAAGAUGGAGAAACACCCCCUGGGGUCUGGAGUGGCGUGGACCCUGGUGUCCUGUUCAAUGUCAUACUGCUGGCUUUUUAUGGGGUCAUGGCAGGUCUGAUAAUGCGUCUCAAGCUGUUUUUGACACCACAACUCUGUAUUGUAGCCUCCUUGCUAGCUUGCAAAAAGUAUUGGCGUCUCAUUGAGCGUCGGGAGGUCCAUGUGGCAGUCCUGGCAGUGCUGGUGAGUGGCAUGUGUGUCCGAGGCCUCAAAAAUAUAAGUGAGCAGCAUUCUAUUCAGGGUGAGUACAGCAACCCUGAGUUGGAAGAAUUAGUUGAGUGGGUGCAAACUGAGACCCACCAAGAUGCAGUGUUUGCUGGCCCUAUGUCCACCAUGGCCAAUGUCCUCCUAUCCACACAAAGGCCCAUCGUCAACCACCCGCAUUAUGAGCAUGCUGGCCUGAGGGAGCGUACCAAGAAGGUUUACAGCAUAUUCAGCCGGCGGUCGGCUCAGAGUGUGUAUGAGACUUUACUGUCCAUGCGGGUGAAUUAUGUAGUGCUUGAGGAGUCAUGGUGUAUGCGGAAAAGUCGGCCAGGAUGUGGCAUGGCUGACAUUUGGGACGUAGAGGAGCCUCAGAACAGACACAAACCCUCCCUCUGUCCACGACUCUUCCAUAGGAACGCUGCGCCCUUCCAUCGUGUGUUUGCUAAUGAUGUUUUUGUGGUUCUACAGGUGCCCUCACGCUAUGUGGAGAUACCCCCACCUAGGUAUCACAGUGCAUAGAACCUCAUACUUGUGUCAGAAAGGGAAUGAGGUUUCCAUAAAGGGUGCAGAAAACUCCACCUUUGCCAUGGCAAAGUUCUGCCAAUACUUUUUACUUGAUGGCAGUGAAUGAUGAAGUGUAUGAAUUAAAUUUUACUUGAUAAUAAGUACUGUAAAGUUUCUUGUAACAUGUGUAAAUAAUUCUAACAGGUAAUGUGUGUGUGUGUGUGUGUGUGUGUGUGGCUGUAUGUAUAUACAUUUAUUAUAUAUACAUUCACCUUGCAGUUUAUGCAAAGUUAGGUUGAUCAGCAAUACAUGAAUAUUAUGUGCAUUUGAACAGUGUGUUCCCAUAAGAAGUAAUGUUAAUUCCUGUGCUUCCGUUCCACAAACAUAUAAAUAACUGAUCUAGAGCUUUUAGAGAUCAGUGGUAUAACCUCAUACAUAAUACACACAAUAUCAAAUCAAUAAGUUGUUGAAGUAUGCUUUUGCAGAUAUACGAGCAAGCCAAAAUAUAUAUGUAAGCUAAAAAAUAAACAAAUUGAAAAUAAGGAAACAAUAUCAGUACAAAUACCUCAUCACUCCAAAUGUAAACAAGUAGCCAAGUGGUAGUGGGAGGUGGAGUCCAUCAUGUGGAGCACAGGGCUGAGAAUGGCUCCUGUCACUGCAAUGGAACCUGUAAGCCUGGAAGCCCAAACUGGUGGAGCAGUUUGGACAGAACACACCUGGCCUGUCUCACCAGUAGGAAUUGUUUGCCCAGCUGGUUCGCUCAUUGGUGUUCAGUUCACCAACAACUAAACUUGAUGCCCAACCCACAAGUGUUUUUUGGAGCUAUUUUUUUUAUGAACAACACACAUUUCAUAUCCUUACACAUCUGAAGAGAUUAAUGAAGAUUUAACGAGUUGUCUUUUCUAUGUGAAAAAAAAACCCUUACAAUUUAUCUCAGACCAUGAAUUACUGAACCACAAGUUAAUGAGGUUUUAUUUUAUAAUAGCAUUAUUUACAUAGUAAAAAAAAAUCCUUAUUAAUGUAGACUUGCAUCAUUUCAAAUUCACAUAAUGUAAACUUUUGUAAGUCAAGGAGUGAAUAUAUAUAUAUAUAUAUAUAUAUAUAUAUAUAUAUAUAUAUAUAUAUAUAUAUAUAUAUAUAUAUAUAUAUAUAUAUAUAUAUAUAUAUAUAUAUACUUUGCAAGUGAAAUAUACACAGCAAAAACACUGAUAAGUACACAUGGAAAAAUGUGGAUACAUUCGAGUUGCGUAUCCACCACCUGUGUGCUGGAGUGCAAUCAUUGUACAUCUGACAGCAGCUGAGACACUUGUGUAGCUGUUCAAAUGCCUCCCACAACAGUGCUGGUCCAGCUCCCAUGGAACCAACAUCUGUAACUUACUUCUAUCCGGCUUCAUGUGGCUCGUUGUUAUUUGAUUUUGGAUACUCACAAUUUUACUGCUGGCCUUUACCAUGGGUCGCUAUAAGCAGAAAAUGUGAGAAAAAGGCUAUGUCUUGGCACAGCUGCAGCAGGGAGUGUCAUUGAUAUGUGUGGCGGCUGAUCUUGGGGUAACCCACAGGGCCAUUUCCCAGCUUAAAAACUCCACUGCCAUCCUCCUGCCAGGCAAUGUACCACCAAGGAAAGUCAGCCUGGAAUCUCAGAAGACAAUUUCCCCACAUACAGACAAACUCCUAUGAGUUUGUUUGUAUAACCACCCUGACCUUGUAUCUUCUCUGAGUGAGAAUGGUGUCAUCACAGCCACCAUGUGUGUUGAUAAAAAUUUAAUGGUUGUUAUUUACUGGUAAAAUUUUUGAGCAAGCCUAAGUACAGGAAAGCUUUGCAGUGGAUUUCUGAGAUAGAUAUGUAUACUGUGUAAAAUGCCUUACUUGAUAUUAUAUAUAUGAAUUUUUAGGCAUGCAGAACCUAUGUCUGCCUUCAGAUCACUCUCUAGUCACAGUUUAGUGUUACUGAAAGUUCCUUUUGUUAAUAUUUUUGGAUCAGGCAUGUCAGGAGGCUAUGAUGUGCUUUAUAGUCACUAAAUGAACCAAAUAGCAUGUUUUAGUGGAGAAUUUACAAGUAAAGAAAGCUUUCCCGGAGGCCUAGCCAACUUGAUACUCCUCAGCCAGACAUCCAGGCAGACAGGCAUGCUGAAUGCAUGCACAACUGAUACUUUGUAUGAGUGUGCUGUUACACAUCCAUGUAGGAUGUGCAGGAAUGGUGUGAGGGUGCAUCAAGUGUGAUGUGUCAUAAACAGGCAGGGACAGUAUGUGAAGUAGGUAGUUGUUUCACUGAUGAUCAGUUUCAGGUAUUUUGUAAGGAACCAUUAAAUACCUCAGGUGUAGGUAGCCUGCAAGGUGAUGGCAGUUUGCAGACAUACAUUGUAGUGCUUCAUGACAAUAUUACUGUGAAUGAAGCACAAGAUCAGAUGAACAAUAGAGGAGGAGAAAGUGGGUGGCCCAGUGGGUUGUGCUCAGCAGUGUUAAAGGCAUUAGUGAUGCAGUGGACUUUAACUAUUUCUGUUCUGUUUAUUAUUGUUUACCACAUGCUCAUAACCUUCUACCUGGCAUGUGGGUAGUGUGUGAACAUUUUUAGGUACAGUUAUAAAUGUCCCAGGUAAUCAACAUGGCUUCAAUAUAACCAAAACUACAGAAUGGUACUCUUUGUUCCCCUGCAAUAGUGAUUUGCAUCACUGAGAGAGCUGACUGGUAGCCAACAGGCUGAAUUGAUCAUUAACCACUUGAUAAGACUUCACUUAAAGAGACUGAGCAAAGAGAAAAAAAGUUAUGACUCAUUGUUUUUUUUUGCAGGCACAUGUUAGAGUCCCACAGCACAAGGUGAUAGACAUGCUGGUGUAGACAGGUUGUGGUGCUGCAGUGGUGGUAGCUUUUGUGGUCACGUAACUUGCAUUACAGACACUGAUGUGGUGAUUGUGAUGGUAGACAUGUGCAAGGGGUCCCCACAUUGUGUAUGCUAUUUAUACUGUUCAUCAAUAAUCUUAUCAAAUUACUUAAGAAAAGCUGUGAGCUGGAUGGAAUUCUAUUGUGUCUGCAGUGCUUAUGUUGAUGGAAGAUGUUGUCGUCCUCUUCAUAACCCAGUGUGGCACAUCUUGCAAGUUGUCCCAGCUCAACUUUUCUGCUGAUACUGGAAUAUUUAUUAAUGAGAAAAGACCAAUUCUUUGUGAUAAUAGGCAGCACUGCCAAGUGUUUACCAUUGGGGAUAGGGCAGGUGAGGGUGUGCUGGUACUGUUGGUGUGUGUGUGUGUGUGUGUGUACCUCAGAAGGGCAGCCUUUCCACUUUGACAUUCUUCAGCAGCUGUUAGCAAUAGAUAGAGAACCAACCACUGUUACUUGAGAUUGUGCAUGGUGUUUAUUCAAAAUAUCAAGAAUUGGAACUGUUGUAAGAGUUUUGUUAAUGGGAUUGUUUGCUCAUUUGUCCAACACUAAAUAUUGAUUGCUUUUUUUAUUUACUUAUUUUAUUAUUAUUAUUAUUUUAUUCUUUUAGCUUGUAUUUUAUAUUCAAUAAUUUGAUGCAUUUUGUGUGUGUGUGUGUGUGUGUGUGUGUGUGUGUGUGUGUGUGUGUGUGUGUGUGUGUGUGUGUGUGUGUGUGUAUUUGUUUGUUUGUUUUAAGAUUGAAGUCCUUUUCUUAUUUAGUAUUGUUACUUGUGUUUAUUUUUUCUUUUUUUAUUUCUUUAUUUUUUCUUUAAUGUCUUUGUAGAUUUCUUGUUAAAAAUUUAUUGUUUCAUAUUACAAAUGCCAGGAUAAGUGAAUUACUUUCUUUUUCACUUAUAAUUUUAGGGCAAUUGAAAAAAGUAUUCAAGCUUCUGUUUUUUUUUAGAUUUAAGUGAUAUUUCUCAUUUUGUUUUGUAUCUUAGUCAUCAUGGGUUUUGUCAAGGAUUUAACUUUUAAAGAGAGCUUCCAAGUUAUUUUGGUGCUUAUUAUAGUUGACUAUUUCACAUUUAUGUGGUUCUGAUGUAAUACAGUAGUCUGUGACUGUUAGGGAUAGUAUUUGUGUUGAUUUUGGUUUUGUAAUAUUUCCUGUAUUUUUCUGUGAAUUUUUAUUGUGGUCAGCAUCUACCUGCACAUUGACCUGUUUCUCUGUGUUUGUUAUAAAUGUGGAGGGUAUUUGCAGUAUUAUCAUGAGUGUAUGUGUGUGUGUGUGUGUGUGUGUGUGUGUGCAACAUGGCCUUUGGGUGUUAUGUGUUUUGGCAGGCCUGUAAUCAUUGGUGCCAGUAAUGAGAGUGUCUCUCUCAUCACUUGUUAAUAUAAAUGGUAUGAUACUGACAUGUAUUAUUAUGAGUCACUGGAAAUAAAACAGCUCACAAUACAACUGAAGAGUACAUUAUCAGUUGCUCAUAUCAUAACAAAACUCACUGUGAAUUAAUCAAAAUAUCUUAAUCAAAGUUUGCAGUGAACAUAAUUCAUCCAUUCAAUGAACCAUCAAGAAGUUGAGAGUGGUUGCUGUUGUUGUUGUUGUUACUAUUGUUGUUAUUAUUAUUACUAUUAUUAUUAUUAUUAUAAUAAUAAUAAUAAUAAUAAUAAUAAUAAUAAUAAUAAUAAUAAUAAUAAUAAUAAUAAUUAUUAUUAUUAUUAUUAUUAUUAUUAUUAUUAUUAUUAUUAUUAUUAUUUUAUUGCAGUUAUCAUCAUUGUAUAACAUAUAUUAGGUUGUUGAUGCUUGUAGGUACAGAUAAUACAAGUCUGGAAUGGACUCGUCAUAAGGGCUUCCUGUGGUCACAGUAACCCCAUCCGUGACUGUUCUCUGAAGUGGCCUGCCACUGUCCCAGGAAUGCACAUGUUGGUUGGUCUGCCACUGUCCUAGGAAUGCACAUGUUGGCUGCAACAGCCAGGGGCAUCAAUAGCUUGCAUAUUUUCUUUAAUAUUAAUAACCACUUAUUACACAAACAAGGCAAAAAAAAAAGUAAAGAAAAAUCAAUCUUGUUGCACUUGACUUUGAUAAGAGCAUUGUUUAAAAAUCAUGCAGUAUAAUACACAUCGUUGAUGUUAUUUUGACAAAUGACUACGAUAAUAGCUAUGGAAAUUCAUUGGGUUAGUUACAUUAGUAACCUGAUUUGCUGAUUUUAAUUAUGUUCUUCUGUUAUACCUUUCCAUGUUUUGUAAUGGUUUGGAGGUGAAUGUGUGUACAAUUGUGUGGCUUUUGCAUUUUAUAUUCAGCCAAAAUUUGGCUUUUGCAUAAAUAUUUUGUCAAACUCUCCAUAGGGAGAAGCUAAGCUUAACAUGUGACUCAUUUGAAAAAAAUCAAUAAAAUAAAAUGAAUGAUUAUUAGAAAAUAAUUAUUAAAGUAUUUUAGUUUUUAUAGUUAUUAAAACAGUGAAUAAUAGUGAUGAAUUUUUAUUUGUAUUAUAUAUUACUAGAAAAAAAAAUAAUGAUCAUAUAAAAUUAAUGAUUUUUAGGAUGUAAAUGAAAUGAGUACUGAGUCUUUUAUUGCCUUUUAUUAUUCCAUUACCAGAUUUUAGGAAGAUAACCCCAAAUUCCUUCAGGCCACUUAUGGCUGAGGAGAUGGAGAAACUUCAGCUUCAACAUCAAUGAAAUUCCUUGGCAUCAUGAUUACCAUUCUACUGAUCCAUCUGUGCUCGAGCAAUGUGGGCCACUUUCUGUGCUCGCUGGAUCACUUGGGGGCAGCGAGUCUUGCGCAUGAAGCGACAAUCUUGAAAAAAUCCCUCAUUACGUGGGAAGCCAUUGGAGCCAUCAGCGUAUGUUACCAGACCUGUAGUACCAAAUUUUUGCAGGAUGGGCAAAAAUGCAGGAAAAAAAAGUGCAUCUCUAGUUAUUCAGGAUUUUACAGAUUUUUAAAAAAAUCUAUUGAUUUGUAUUUACUGUAAUGAUGUGGAGAGAUAAGCAACUGACCAACAUGCAAAGGUUAGUGAAGAUCUGCCUUCUUAAAGACCUACCCAUAGGUAAAGAAGGUUUUCAAUUAAACUCAGGGAAUAUCUAAUGAUGGUAAUGUGCCUGUGUUCUACCUAAUUGUAUUUUAACAGGAUUGAAUCAAGCUCAUAUGUCCUAUCUUUUGCUCAUAUGUCUCAUCUUUUAAAGUUGAUCAUAUUUUAUCUUUAAAGCUAUUAUUUAUCUUUAAAAUGUGUGUGUGUGUGUGUGUGUGUGUGUGUGUGUGUGUGUGUGUGUGUGUGUGUGUGUGUGUGUGUGUGUGUGUGUGUGCAGUUGCCAUGACAGACUAGACUUGCUCAAUGGCAGACUCUCAGGGGUAAUCAGGUGAAGAAUGCAAAUGAGAGGUGGGUAGGAGACUGACAAAGAAAAAUUUGUAGGUGAACUGGAAAAGAUUCUGAAAGGAGGUGAAAAUAUACAAGAAAACAUGAAGGAAAGAAGAAAGCAUGAAAGGAAAGAUAAGGAGGGUGAUUGAGAAAGAUGUUAUAAGAGAGCCUGUGGACGGCAAGAAUCAUGUUACUUCCUUGUUCAAAUGUAAGCAAUGAACAUUUUAGCUGCUAUGAAACCUGAAAGAGCAUGGCUGAAUGAAUGAGUGAGCAAGAAGAAACCCUCAUCCAACUCAUGUCUAACCACACCUUAACUCUAGAUAUAGUAGAAUCAAUAGUAAUGGGAGCAGAGGAGUGGCACAGAAGAUUAAAAGAAGAGGAAGUAGGGAAGACAAGAAUGAAAAAAAAUAUAGAAAAUACAAGCAUGGGAAAAAUGUAGAGAAGAAAGAUACAUUGCAUGGACAAUAAAGUGUAAAAGUGAUUUCCCUAGUGUGGAGAUUUCUCCCCCAACACGUCAAAUGGAGGAGUGCUCAAGCAGCUGCACUGAGGGAGCACUGAGAUCUAUAAGUGAUCAAAAGCUGCAGAGAUCACAAGAAAAAAAAGAGUUCAGCUUUUAAAAGCCACACAGGAGCACACCAGGCAGCCAAACCCAGGGACACUGCCUGAGUGGUUCCACAACAGUACAUAAUCCAAGUCUCACCGUGACCCCAGAUGCGGCCUCCACGGAACUCUCCCUCAAAGCGCAUGUUGUCAUUGCGCCAGAAGAUGCCGUGGCCAUGGAACCACCCCUGCAUGAAUUCCCCCUCAUAUCUGAAGAAACAAGAAAAGCCCACCUUAUUGCAUAUUCAUUAGGAUUCAUUUACUUAUGUGUGGUGAUAAUACUCACUCUAGUUAUUCAGUGGUCACCUGCUAAAAUAGAAGUAGUAGUAGUAGUAGUAGUUGUUGUUGUUGUAGUCAAAAGUGUAAUAAUGACCUGUCUUAAAAAAAUAAACUUUAAAUUUCUGCAGCAUUUUAUAAAUUGCAAUCAUCACUUACUCUGGUAAUGUGUUCUGCUAUUCAAAUAAACUCUUAUUUCUC